AAUAGUGAAUCUCAGACAUCUCUCUGCGUGCAAGGGUGCUGUAUGCUCGCAAGGUGUGCCAUCCGAUGCCUAGACAACGGCGGUGCAAGAACGUCACGUGGCUACGCGGAUGUGGCACGGGCUGCGCGAGCCUUGGCCGCUCGCGAACCUGACCUCAUAGUUUGGUUGGAGCCUCAACCUACACGCUUACCACAAAGCUCGAGUGGAACGAGCUCGACGCUCCCGAGAUUAUCAUGAGCAGGCCUUGAACGGAAAAUCUGGUCCUUGGAGCCUCUGGUCAGGACCCACAUCAACGCCAUGAACACCAUCGAUGGCUCAGACCGUCAUAUAAAGACGGAAGAAGUCCCUCCGCCCUCACUACUAGCCAUUGUACUUGACACCAAUCCACACGCCUGGGCACACUUGUCCUCGACACUCUCGCUCUCGACUGCGCUGGCCAACAUCCUCGUCUUUAUCAACGCGCACUUGGCGUCUGGAAAUACGAACGAAGUAGCCGUCAUAGCAUCACAUUCGCACAAGACCACCUUUCUCUAUCCGUCGCCCGUAGCACCGCAAACCCAGGCACGCAAUGGUACUGCAAAUGGCGAUGUGGAAAUGAAUGGGACUGGGGGUGAUAAAGGCCAACAUACGGCUGAGAGUGCGAACAAGUAUCGGCCAUUCGCCGUGGUGGAGAGUACCAUACUUCAGAACUUUGUCAAGCUACUGAACGAGACCAAAGAAAGUCAUCUGGAAGCAACGCCCACGACACUCAUUGGCGGGGCCCUCUCCCUGGCGCUUACACACAUCAACAAGCAGACUAUCUUACAUGCCCCCACCGCCGCCUCUGCUGAGAGCGCCUCUCUCGCAGCGCUGGCCGACUCGGAGAACACCCAUGUUGACCGCGUGUCCCUUACGUCUCGCAUCCUUAUCGUAUCCGUGUCUGGCGAUCUGGCCAACCAAUACAUACCCGUCAUGAACUCCAUCUUUGCAGCACAGAGGAAGCGGAUACCCAUCGAUAUUCUGAAGCUAGCUGGCGAUACAGUUUUGCUGCAGCAGGCCAGUGAUGCGACUGGCGGAGUGUACAUGAAGCCAGAACGUCCAGAGGGUUUGCUUCAGUAUCUGAUGAUGGCGUUCUUACCUGAUGUAACGGCAAGAGCAAGCUUAGUAGUCCCCAGCGCUGGGGGUGUUGAUUUCCGUGCCGCAUGCUUCUGUCAUCGCAAAGUUGUUGAUAUUGGCUUUGUUUGCAGUGUGUGCCUAAGCAUCUUCUGCAGCCCGGAUCUCCCGGGUAAUCUCUGCCUGACGUGUGGUUCUUAUCUGUCGCUACGGAGCGCGAUGACCAACCCGCCAGCCCUGAUCCCACGGAAGAAGAAGAAGAAGAAGAAGGCGGGGAUCGACUCUGCGACGCCAGGGGCGAACACUCCGGUAGGAUCAGGGACGCCUGUGCAUGCCUGAAGUGCGAACCUUGUUGUUGGAAUGUGUAGUGCUAUCACAUGUCGUGAUCUGGUUCGACAUUGCCUCGCUGGGCCUGUGCGUGCAGCUACGACAAUUUCCGGGCCGUGGGGCGGGCCAGUUCCGCUGAAAUAUGCGAAUUUGCCCGUUCAUGGGGAAAGUGGGAUGCUUGGCUAGCGGGCAGAUUGGGCCACCGGGUAGGCCUUUGGUAAAAAUAUCAGAAAAUAGGCCUGUGGAUAAGGCGGGGGGAGGCUUGA